CAUUUAGAUCAGUGUCAGACAACUCCCUUUCCUUGGAUUGUGAAAUUAGCGAGUAGUGAUGAUCCUCUUUAUUAAAUCAAUUAUGGUGGUUCUUGAAGGGUAUAUUGUGACGUCACAGGCGGCACCUAAUGCAGUUCUGCACAAUAUACCAGCGAGGUGGUCCAGCACAUCACUGUUCGACAAAACAAAAGUGGAACUCGGACAGAAUUGCACUUUCUGGAAGAACAAAACCGUUGCUAGAUACUUUACUCUAGUGACACAUCAAUACCAAUCUCUCUGUUAUUUCCUCUAUCUUAGAGAACUGCUUUCAGGGCUGGAAAGAUGAACUUUGCGCUGUUCAUUUUGUGUAUACUUCCAUCUCUGCUGUUGUCCUUUGUCGCUGAAUCAAGCGGUGGAGUUGCAAACCUUUGCAAGGAAGGAAAAUUUUUUGAUUCAACGAAGCAAAAGUACGAGUCAUGCGUCGAGUGCAAAUCCGAAAGGCAGGAGUGCUAUCCGUGUUGUCAAACCGAGGUCCAUGAUAAAGGAAGUGACAAAAAUAACUCGAGCACUCCAAACCUACGUCAUCAAGAGCCAGAUAAACCUGACUUGCAGGAUGGGAAACCUCGACCCGCUGAAGGAGACAAGUUUCUUCCCAACAUUUUCGUGGUAUCCACAAUAAGUGUGUUCCUUAUCAGCUCCUUAUUGGUUCUUGUUUUUGUCGUUAUCCGAUCCUCUAUCGAACGCCGUGCCGAGGCAAGAGAAAGUACGAGCAUGAGUAGACAGUCCCAGCAAUCUAAUGUAGUAAUAGAGAUCAUGACGACGCAUGCGCAGGUACCGGAA